UUACACAAACAUCUCGGGUUUGUCGCAUCUUAGCAACGUCAGCCCCACCGUGGUCUCUCCCGGAGCCCUUCUGUAUUCGCCGCACGUGUAAAAUAUAAACUCUCAGUCAUGGCGGCUUCGGUCAGUCAGGAGCUCGAGGACCUGUUGAAUCCGUUGCCCAAGUUCGCGGAUCCAGAGGACGACGCUGACGAGGCAACCAAAGCCCGGGUGAUCGAGAGGUUCAGCGAGGACGACGACAGCGAUCUUGGGGUCGGGGUCAGUUCUCUCCGAAAACGUAGCUCGUUUUUGCUCAAGGACACAGAGAGAAGGUAUGCGGGGAAGCCAGUGUCCCGUAAACAGCUACUCAAGGAUGUUGGAGGAUCAGACGAGGAAGAGGAUGAUAAUGAUGAAAUAGAAGAACAUGAUGAAGAGGGUUCUGUAGAGAAUGAGGAGGCUGAAGAUGUUGAAGGCAUAAAGGGUGAAGAUGAUUAUGAGGACGAUGAUGAAGAGGGGGAGGAUGAGGAGAGAGAGUACUUGAGCAGAGACCAGAAACUAGAUGCUAAAGUGACAUCACAAGCGAAGGUCUCUGACAUCCCCUUGCAUAAGGAAGUGGACUUUUAUAAAAUGACAGAGGGCAUGGACGACCUGGGGAUGAGUGAAGAUGACGAUGACAGCGGUGGGGAGUCUGGAGUCAGUGAUGAGGAUGAAGGCUCUGAGGACGAUGAGAUAGAAGACCAGCAGGAUGAAGAUGCUGUUCGCACGUUUUCUAAAGACCAACUAGAUGAGGAGGUAGAGAAAGGCAGAGCUGUGAAAAAUCAGCUGGCUCUCUGGGACCAGAUGCUUGAGGGCCGGAUCAAAAUCCAGAAAGCCCUGGUGACGGCUAACCAGCUGCCCCAGCCGCCGACAUUCCCAGAGUUCAAGAGGAGAGGUGGGGCUGAGUACGCUGGGGCUCUGAAGAACACCCACAAGGCCCUAAAAGCUCUCCAGAGGUCCCUGCUGGAGCUGCAUGACCAGCUGCUGUACCAGAGCCCAGACACGCAGCCCAUCACUGUAGGGAAGCCUCAAGCUGGGAGCGAGGAGGAGAUGAAUAGUGAUGGGGAUGAUGAGGGGAGGUCAGCACAGGAAGCUGGAGCACCAAAAAGAAAGCUGGACAUGGCAAAGUACCCUGACUUCAUGGCCAAACGUUUUGCAGCUUUCCAGCCUUACUGCAACGCAACGCUACAGAAGUGGCAUGACAAAACCCGUCUGACCAUGGGCAAAAGCAGCAAAGGUUUUGGAGCAUUUGAAAGGAACAUUUUGACCCAGGUGGAACAGGUGUUGAUGGACAAAGAGAGACUGCUGCGGCGCACCCAGACCAGACGCUCAGAGUACAGAGUCCUAGGCAAGAAAGACACCUCUGCUGUGAUCCCUGAUAAUGUCCUGGCAGAGGGAGAGGCCGGCGAGAAUCACCUGAAAGCAAACACACACCUGAAAGACCUGGAUGAGGACAUAUAUGACGAUGACGACUUCUACCACCAGCUCCUUAGGGAGCUCAUAGAGCGCAAGACGAGUGUGGUGGACUCCAAUGACCAGGUGGCAAUGGGCAGGCAGUGGCUGGCCAUCCAGAAGCUGCGCAGCAAGAUCAAGAAGAAGGUGGACACCAAAGCCAGCAAGGGGCGCAAAGUGCGAUUCCACGUCAACAGCAAGCUGGUGAACUUCAUGGCGCCGGUGGACCACAGCUCCAUGAGUGACGAAGCUCGCAGUGAACUGUAUCGCGGCCUCUUCGGUCAGAACACCACAGACAGAGAAUGAUGUAUCAAAAGGAGAAUAAUGUCCUUCGGGAACAUUUCAGACCCUGUGGGUCUGUGAUUUGGUAAUGUUAGAAAGCGUUCAAAGGACAUGCCAAGUUCUUGAGAACAUUUUAAACAUGAGAUUAUGUAUUGACCAAGGCCUGGUUUCCAAUAAAAAUCAGAGAUGCACUAAUCAGUCAGAGAUUAGAAUCUGUCCAUUUCCUCUUGAUCAACUCUGAUUAGGGUUCAGCUUCCCGCUCAAAUACUGAUUAGAUUAUUUUUUCUUCGUCAAAUAUCUGUUUCACAGCUUCAUUUCUUGUCAACAAAAGCUUCCACAAACAGCACGCAAUUUGAUGAACGUGUCAGAGUUGAUUAACAUCAGAUAAAGGUUAUGGACAUAAGCUUUGAUGCAUAAAUAGGAAACGUCCUGAAAUUCCCCUAUUUUCCGCCCGAUUCCUAAAAACUUCCUCCAACAAAGAACCUGCCAUGUUUUUUUUCCCUCUUUUAUAUUAGUCUUUAAAUCAGCACAUCACACUUCAAAAAAGGUAUCAGCUAGGAGAAGCCAGAUCAGUGCAUCUCUAAUAUGGAUGUUUCCUGAGACAUGGGAAAUAAGUGAACUACAACUAAUGUAAUCUUUUGUUUCAUGUGAUCUACUGAAGAUGCGAUCACAGAUUUAAAAAAAAAUGUUCUUUUUAAAUGAACAGUUUUAACACAGUUACAUCUGAGGUAACACAAUGCAAAACCUCAUCCUGUGCAGGAUUCUGACAGUAUGAGAUUUUCACUGCAUGACUUUACUCAAAAUAGUUUCAUUGUAUUGUGCAAUAAAAACAUGACAUGAUCCAUUUUCUGAGUUAAAACAGGAAACAAGAUUUCUAUCUACUGUUGCAAAAAUAGCAUUCAGUACAGUUGUAACGUUUGUUUUGAUUUUGGAAAAAAUAAACACCUGAGUUUAUA